AGAAUAGCAGAGGCCCGGAGGAAGACGGUGAUGGCAGGAGUUUUGUCUGCGACGGUUCCUGCCGCGGCCAAGUCAGCAGCAGCAGCUGCGGCAUGUCUAUCCUCCCAGAGGAAGAAGACCGAGGUGUCAGUCAAAGAACGAGGAGUUGAGGGUGGUGGAAGUCAUGGCGUUGUCCUCUCCCUGCUUGGCACCUCGUCGCCUUCCACACACAGACGCCUUUCACAGCAGUUGUCCUGCGGCUAUGGCAAAGGCGAUUUCUUCUUCCACGGAGGCAAUCGCCUGGUGAUCGAGCGUUCUAUGCCCGCCAUACACGCGGCAAGGUCUGCCCGCCGCGUGAUCAAAGCACAGGCAUCCGUCGCCCCCUCUCCGUUGUCCUCCCCUGAUGCAGCACCAGGCAGGGUCGGGACCAAGAGAGCAAAGAUCAGCAUCACCAUGGGAGAUAACUUGAAUGACGGAAUGCUGGGCAAGGCGAGGAUGGUGAUCGUCGGGGACGGCAAGGAAGUCCCAGAUGGUCCCCGCGCCCCAGCUCAUCCCGACCAGACGGGUUUGACUAGCAAAGCUGACGGGUUCGACCUGGGGUUCACACUGUGGAGGAAGGGCAAGACGGUGUCCGUGACCAUCGAUGAUCUGCCCAAGAACGUCAAUCCGACGGUGGUCCUUCUGUACAACGACUCGACCCACGGCAAGUGGUUUUUGAAGAAGGUGGAGAUCGAGACGGAGGCAUACACGAGCGAUGGCGGCGGGGACAACGGCAAGAUGAAGACGUACGUGUUCCCGUGCUUCUCCUUCGUCCCCACGGGGCGCAAUCCGCGGAUCAUCUUCGAGGGCAGCUCCAAGCUGCCAUGGCAGACUCCCUCGAGGCUGUACCACCUGUAUCGCGCGGGAGCGCUCGAUCAGCACUUCUCCGUGUACAAGUUCGACGAGUACGACGAUCUGAGCAGCCCGUCGGACCUUGCCGAUCGCGGCAGUCCCAACUUCCGGCCACGUCUGCGUCCCUAUCCGAAGCGCCAGGCGACCUCCGUGUCCGGCGAGAGCGUUGGUAUCCCGAUCGACGACGACUUCGAUCUCUCCAAGAUGUACGACUUCGUCACCGAGGGUGCCAAGGCCACUGCGCAGGCCUUUCUAGCCGACCCUGCCCAGAUGGCAUCGAACCGGCCAUGGCGCAGCGUGAGCGCACUGAUCUCGGGGCUCUUCGAGGGAGUGGGGGCGCUGAGGAAGCCUGCGAUCUUGAAAGCUGGCGUGGACUGGAAGUCGGACAAGGAGUUUGGCAGGCAGACGCUGGCUGGAAUCAACCCCAUGGAGAUCACUCUGCUGAGGGACUCGCCUGCAGGUUUCCCGCUCUCCGACGCAGACGUCGGUGAUGGCCUUCCUGGCGGCCUCACCCUUGCGCAGGCUUUUCGGGACAAGCGACUGUUCAUUCUUGAUUACUCCCUCUUGGAGCCCUUUCGGCCGUUAGUGAACCGCGCACCGGCAGCGGGCAAGGAGUGGGAGAGGUACCUCUACGCCCCUCGAUGUGUGCUCUUCGUCGACAACGACGGGGAUGUGAUCCCCAUAGCCAUUCAGCUGGAGGCUGGCGGGAAGGUGUACACGUCAGCGAAGGACGCGGGCGUCGGCAAGUGGCAGUGGACGCUGGCCAAGGCUUACGUGGCCUCCGCCGACAGCAGCGUUCACCAAGUGGCCAGGCACUUCCUGCAAUGCCAUGCCGUCUGCGAGGUCUAUCUGAUUGCUCUCCGCCGGCGGGUGUCGGAGUGGCACCCCGUUUUAAAGCUGCUCAUCCCCCACUUCCGCUUCACCAUGAGCAUCAACUACCGAGCUCGCACCAGUCUGAUCAACGCGGGGGGGAUCAUAGAGAAGACGUUCACCGCCGGCACUGGGAGCAUGGCCGUCUCUGCGGAGGUAUUCAAGUCCUGGAAGUUCGAAGAGCAAGCUCUGCCCAAGGACUUGGAGAAGAGAGGGGUGGCUGACCCCCAGGUCCUGCCCUACUAUCCCUACCGCGACGCAGGGAUGCUGAUUUGGAACGCCAUGCACAAGUACGUGCUGACGUAUCUCAAGAUCUACUACGGGGAGACGGAGGCCUCGAGGGAGUUGAUCGUUAAGGACAAGGAGCUGGUUGCAUGGUGGACCGACGUGAAGUUCGGCAACUCCAAGUUCGAGUACUCCUUCAGCGACGUGGAAGAAUGGCCGAAGCUGGAGACAGUAGAGGAUCUGGCGUUCAUCUGCACGACGAUCAUGUGGACAGCAAGUGCGCAGCACGCGGCCAUCAACUUCAGCCAGUACGACUACUCCUCCUUCUCGCCCAACCACCCCUCGUGCGUGCGCAAGCCCAUGCCAGAGAAGGUGGAUGAGAAGGGGUUCAUGGACGUCAUGCCUCUUCCUCGUGACCAGGUCACGGUCCUGAGUGUCGUAGACUUGCUGUCGAGGUACUCAGACGACGAGGAGUAUCUUGGGAGAACGGAUCAGACGGCCUACGGGUGGUUGGUCGAUCCCAAGGCUAAACUGGCGUACGAGCAGUUCGUCAUCGACCUGGACAACGCUGAGAAAGCCAUCGAAAGGUACAACGACCUUAACAAGAAGAAAGGCCGGCUGCCGUACAAGUACAUGUUCCCCCGUACUAAUCGUGACGAUGCGGACAAUGGUCCCGAGACUGAAUAUGGUACCGAAGGUAUUCCCAACAGCGUGUCUAUCUAAAAAUAGCGUUUACGGUGAUGAGACUUCAUUCCUUCUUUCCUUCCUCCCUAGUUCAUCCACUAUAUAAUAGGGUUCUCUUCUUCUUGUUAAUCGUCGUUUCUCUCCUCGCAGUCCCAGCCAUCAACUGUGUGUCGUUUUCUGUGUUCUUCUCGUUACCUGACCAUGGCCAGAAGUCUCUUCUCGGCUUAGGGUCGUUGUCCCUCACUCUUUUGAUCGUCAACGUUCUUCUUCUCUUCUGUUCGUCUUUUGCUUCUUGUCUUGAUUGAGCUUGGUAGGACAUUGUGUUCUGUCGAUCGUCAUCGCGUUCUCGUGACCCCAUUA